UGAAGAUAUGAAGAUGAACCAUGCCCAUUUAUACAGUUAGAAAGGCAAAAUGAGGUGGACAAUUAAAAAAGGAGGAGCGAUAAUAGAAGAGGAGAAAUAAAACUGCGAAGUAACAAGGGAGGAGCUCUGACAAAAUUAUAUAUCCCUGACACUUCCUUUACUGACCAGUCCAUCACAGCUACCAUCCCUCUGAAGCUGCCAUCGUUAAGUGCCAAUAUGAGAGCUAUUGUAUUGCUGUGUCUGCUACAUGCAGCUUUUGGUCAGAAUACAUAUUCCUGGAAUGGACCUGGCCGAGAGGAAGUGAAUACAGAUCCCAACGCAGACAGUGCGUGUCAGACGGAUCAGGGCUCUUGUGGCUGCUGUCUCAUGGUGAGAACGGUGAACAGGCUGAGGACGUACUUUGGCACGAGCCUGAACGAGUUGGAGAAGGUGUACUUACAGACAAACCAAAGUCUCAGCAAAAUUGAAGCCAGCCGCACUGCAUUCUCCGCCUGCCUGUACAAUGAUGAUAAUUUUAAAUGUUUCGGCCCCUUCGCUGUCAACAACCGCAUCAUCUACGAACAUGUCUUCCUUAACCUGGGCAAUAGCUACAAUGCAAAGACUGGCAUCUUCACUGUUCGUCACUCUGGUGUCUACAGCCUUGCCCUCACAGUCUACAGUGAUGCUGGUGCUCCUGGUAACAAAUUGGCUGCCUGUGCCGGGCUGCAGAUUAACGGCCAGACUGUGGCCGGGUCCAAAGAUCAAAAUACGAAUGACCAAGAGGACAGUUCCUCUAUUGUUAUGGCCAUCCAUCUGAAGGCCGGUGACCAAGUGUCUGUCAACCUGCCUAUUGGAUGUUUCCUCUGUGAUGACAGCAGCCACUAUAACACUUUCAGUGCCUUUCUGCUUUAUACUGAAUAAGUUUUUUGUACUAACUCUUGCCCUAUACUAAUGAGGUUAGAGUCUUCCAGAUUAGCUCUUUCUAUGGUGACUCAUCACAGUCUGCUCUUUCCAAGGGAAGCUAUGGUUUAUCACAAAUGGAUUUAACCUGUUCAGUUUAAAAGCUUACAAACCCAAAAGCAUGAGUGUCUUUAUUAUGUAACGGCUUAUCUUUUUCUUGCUGAAAUGAUGUCAUGUAACAGUUGAAAGAAAUACACUCGACCCCCAGUCAUCUGUGAAAUUACAAGAAAAUAAAUGACAUUAUAGUUGAUUUUGUUUUAACUGAAGAGAUGUGUGAUGUCAAUA